GGAUGUACAAAAUAAAUAUUGAGAAAGAAGAAAGAAGAUGGCGUGCUGUACUGAGACUGAAGACACUCUAGAUUCGCUCUCCAGAGAAGCUGAACAACUAAAAAUAAGGAUAGAAGAAGAGAUAUGCAAAUACCACGAUAAAGAACUUAAGAAUGUUGCUGAGCGACUUCAAAGUCUACAGGGAUGUCACAUGAAAGUACGGCGUAUCUUAAAGGGUCAUCAAGGUAAAGUUUUAUGCAUGGACUGGUCUGGUGAUAGACGACAUCUAGUCAGUAGUUCACAGGAUGGUAAAGUUAUAGUCUGGGAUGCUUUCACAACUAAUAAGGAACAUGCAAUCUCCAUGCCAACCACUUGGGUAAUGGCAUGUUCAUAUUCACCAUCAGGAAGCUUGGUUGCAUGCGGGGGUUUGGAUAACAAGUGUUCAGUUUUCAAGCUCAGUUAUGACGACGCACAGAAUGCAAAGAAACAAACUGUAGCAAUGCAUACCAGUUACAUGUCGUGUUGUAAAUUUGCUAACUCAGAUCAUCAGAUAUUUACAGGAAGUGGUGACUCAACAUGUGGUCUAUGGGACGUAGAAUCUAAUCAGUUGAUACAGAGUUUUCAUGGUCAUUAUUCUGAUGUAAUGAGUCUUGAUUUAUCACCCUCAGAAGGAGGAAACAUCUUCAUAUCUGGGGGAUGUGACAAGAAGGCUCAUGUAUGGGACAUUAGGACUGGACGGGUCAUUAAUUCGUUUGAUGAUCAUGACUCUGAUAUUAACUGUGUCAGGUUUUAUCCUGGUGGUGAUACAUUUGGUACAGCAAGUGAUGAUGGAAAGUUGCGUUUGUUUGAUCUACGAGCUGACCAUUUAUUAAGCACAUAUUACAAAGACCAUGUGAUCUUUGGUGCAGCAUCUCUAGACUUUUCUAUAAGUGGUAGAAUUUUGUUUGCGGGUUACCAUGACUACACAGUUCAUGUUUGGGACACCUUAAAGUCCGAGAGGCUUGCUGUUUAUUAUGGUCAUGACAAUCGACUUAGCAGCCUUCGUGUGUCCCCUGAUGGUACAUGUGUAUGUACAGGAAGCUGGGAUCAAACUCUUAGGAUAUGGGCUUAGUGUGAAGAUAGUUAACUAUGGUGUGAUUGUACCUAAACAUCAAGUAUGGUGGUUGCACAUGGUUGCAUUACGCUCAUCAAAAAGAAAUAAAAUCAUCAUCUAAAAGAGCACCCUCCUUGCAAACGCAGAUGUAUAUAUUAUUGAUAACUGUACUAAUAAUAGUGGAUAGUGAAGAAUUUGAUCCAUUUAUCAAUCAAAAAUGUAUCUAUUUAGCAAAAAUAUUUUAACUUUUUAAAAGUUACACUCUUGAAAACUUUGAUCAAACAUUAAUUAAUGCAAAUAUAUAGCAGAAACUAUUGGAAUUUCAAAAAUUGAAAUAUUGAUUAUGYGAAUCAUUUUUAACAAUGUUGUACAUACAUUGAAAGAUCAUAAUUGACACACUCUGAUCUUUCUCCAUUUUACUGAAAUACUCUUACGAUAAUCGAAAUCAAAACUGAUAUAGCCUAUGCUCUUGUGAAAAUUUCAAGAAGUACAGGAAAAAUUCUGUUCUUACAGUUAGACUAGAGUUUUGUUGAUUAUUGUAAAUAGAUUAUUUAAUUUUCAUCRUUUUAGGUGAAUUAGUUAAUUUUAUUUGAUUUCUCAUUAUGAUUUACUUGUUACAGAGCCUCCAGUCAGGAUUGCUCUUCUGGGGUUAACCAAUCAAAAUUUCAGAAUGAAAACAAAGCAGUGAUUGGCUAAGCUAUAACACUACUGAUUCUUCUCUUUCCUGAUUGGCUGAAGAUUAUUUUACUUUAUAUCCAGAUUGGCUAACCUUCUAUUCACUUUUAUUUCCAUACGUCCUCCUGGUGGGGAGAUUAAUACUAGACCUGUUGCCCCUAACUACAGGCCCUCUUCAUACUCAUUACCAUUUUUUAUUUAGAAUGUACAGUACUAGAAGAAACAACAAAUAAAACUGCUUUUUUAUAAUAA